AUGCUUGACGAAAACCUCCCGACAUAUCGCUUCAAGACCUCUUCAGAGAAUCCACUCAAUAAUAUUCUCUAUUUCACACACAACGGAUCAGAUCCCGCGCCCGAGUACCUCAUCAAGCGAUCGUCGCCUUCCGAAGCCAAUGGCCAAUAUGCGCUCGGCAUAUUCGACUCUCAGAACACUUCUGUGAUAUACGCAGAGGUCGAUGUCAAACCUGACUGGGUAGCGCCCACUUUGUCUGCAGCUGAAAUCCGCGCGCAAAACGGAAACCGACCGCCCAAGACACCUAUCAUCCCAGAUACCUUUGCGGUUUCAUUGUACAACCCCGAUCAAGCUAUACCCGUCAAGCAACAACCAGGAAGUUGGGGAAAGACGGGUGCUUGGGAGUUUGAGCUUCCCGAGAGAUCCUUUAAGCUACCCAGUGCUAGCCAGAUUGACCAGGAGGAUCGUCCGUCUCUGGCCGAGUUGGUUCCCAAAGUUGUGUUUCGCUGGAAACGUGAUGGCCGUCUGAGCAAGGACAUGACAUGUUAUAUGACAGGACGAAAUGUGGGUGGAAAAAAGAGCAAGGAACCUGAUAUUACGGUAGCAUUUUUCCGCGCCAAGCAUGACUCGACUUUAACCAUUUAUGAACCCAACAUGGCCCGCGUUGAGAUCGAGGACAGAAGGGGUCUUGAGAUUGCUCUUCUCAUGAGCGCUGAGACAAUCAAGGAUCUGUAUCUGAACCCUAGCCAGGACCCUUUCCACCUACAAACCUCAUCUAAUGGCCGGCGUCGCCAGAACUCUCGCCCAGCAGCAAGUUCUUCGGCAGGCCCAACAAUGGCGGGUGCUCUCAAUAACAACCGUCCAUCGUCACCUCCUCGAGCACAAGCAUCCCCACAACAGUCAAGCAACCAAGCCCAGCGAGAAGCUGAGGUCGAGGCGGAAACACGACGCUUACAAGCAAUGGUCGCAGAGGAAGAACGCAAAAGACGUGAACGUGAAGCGCAAGAGGAAGAAGAACGCAAGAGAAUCCAGAAGAUGCUUGAGACUGAGGAACAAGAGCGCCGGAAGAGAGAUGCCGCGGUCGAACAAGAAACAGAAAGACUCCGUCGAGAAUACGGCAUGGCUGGGCAAGACUUCCAGAGUCCCACGAGUCCGGGUCACCCAUCACCAUCACCGCCCUUACCUCCAAGACCACAGUUUGCGUCAGGCGCAUUGAACCCCCCAAACAACCUGCCUCAAAGACCCAACAGUGUUGGGCCAACACCGUAUGGCACUCCUCAGCCAAGCUUUGCUCCUCCUCCUUCGCAACCUCAGCCAGGCCCCAGCGAGAACGGAAAGAAACGUCAUGGUCUGGGUGGCCUGCUGCAGGGUCCCUACGCUGGACCAGCAGCAGCAAGUGUCAGUGGCUUCUUCAGCAGUCGAAAGGACGAAGAGAAGCGAAAGAAGGUUCAGAAGAAGCGAAGCGUGCACUUUUGA